ACAUGCCCCACAGGCAGCAUGCUUUAAAAGCAGGACAACACUGCACUUCAUGACAAACGAUCCAAGAUACAGACAAGAGCACAUGCACUCUACAGACCACAAGAACAUAACCUCUGCCUCUUCAAGAUGGUGAAGGACACUAGCAACAGGAACUCUGAUCACAGCCCUCACAGGUGCUGCUGGUCCUGCCUCGGCCCGCUCAGCUUCCACUAUCAGGCGGUGGGAGACAUGGUGCGUCUGAGUCGGGGGGGCCUCCUGGCGGAGAGGAGGGAAAACACCUUCAAGAACGGCCUGGUGUUCAGCAGCCGCCCGCUGAAGGUCCAGGAGAGGAUCCGCCUGCGGGUGGAGAAGGACUCCUUCAACUGGAACGGAGGUCUGCGUCUGGGCUUCACCACGGUGCAUCCCAUGACAAGAUCUCUGCCCCUGCCCAUCAUGGCCAUCCCCAACCUCACGGAGACCCCGGGGCACUGGGCAGCUCCUAUGCACGAGUCCUUCUGCCAGGCAGGCGUCGAGCUGGAGUUCUGGGUCUCUGCUAGAGGCAACAUGUACAUCAGCGGAAACAACGGCAGGGAGCAAAAGCUGCUGUCAGGAGUGGAUCUCAGCCGGCCGCUGUGGGCCAUGAUAGACAUCUACGGACAGACGUGCUCCAUCUCCCUCCUGGGCUCAGAGAAAAGGGAGUUUUUUCACACCAGACGCUCCUGUCCUGCACCUGAAUGCCUCACUUCAACUGAGGUUGACAACCACUGCAGUUUGAUGACUGAUUCUUCAAGUCUGGAUGGAAACAGCGAUGAAUACAUCUCCUGUCUUGAAGGCCCAGAAGAUGGAGACGCAUCGUGCUGCGUUGUGUGCAUGGAGACACAGGCCAGCAUCACUCUGCCUUGUGGCCACCGGUGUUUAUGCAACCACUGCGCCUCCAAAGUCUUGAAGCUGUUUGGCACCUGCCCGCUGUGCCGACAGAACAUCAGAGCUCCAUCGGGGAACGGGAGGAGAGCCUCCGUCCGUGCCUGAGCUCCACCAGACAGGACUCACCCAACAUAAGCUGCGGAGAGACUGUGACAAUGACAACACUUAGAAUAGCCCAUACUAAAUGUUAGAAUGUGCUAGUACCAGCAGACUACAAAUGGUUCAGAACACUUCAAAAGAGAUGUCAACUUAAACUACUAAAAUCAGUAAAUUGUUGUGUUAAAAGUUUAAAAGAAAUCCGUAAAAACGUUUAUGAUGAUGAUUUCAUGCGUUACAUUUUAUGAAAGGGAUAUUUGAAAAUUGCACUUUGAUUGUGAUUUGUAAAGAAGCAAGAAGCCAUUUGAUUAAGACGAGCCUAAUUUUGUUUGCAAGCCCAGCCCGAUGUGUAAUGUCAUUUACACUCACUGUAUAUAUAAAAUCCCUAAUUUUGUAAAUAUGAAA